AUGGCGGGGACUUCGUUGUAUGUGGCGGAGAAGGAAGAAGACAUUGCGGAGUUGGAGAACGAAGUGAUGCAAGAAGUUUCUUUUGUUUUGAAAAAAGUCGAAAAAACCAAUAAUGGAGUUUAUGUCAUGGCUUCCACUUUGGGGGCCCUCGAGGCCCUCCUCGCCUACCUCGAGGAGUGCAAAAUUCCCGUCUUCGCCGUCAGCAUCGGGACUGUGCAGAAGAAGGACAUAAAGAAGGCGUCGGUGAUGCGGGAAAAAGGGUUUGCGGAGUUCGCGGUGGUUUUAGGGUUUGAUGUAAAGGUGGAUGCAGAAGCAGAAAAAGAAGCCAAAACCCUCGGAGUUAAAAUCUUUUCUGCAGAAAUCAUUUACCACCUUUUCGACCAGUUCACCAGCUACUUCCAACAAGUCAAACAGUCCAAGAAGUGGGCUUAG